CACCACAAUUGAUAUUUUCACGAACAAGUCACGUAUUGUCUAGAAAUUUUUCGCGGUAUUAUACAAGUGACGCGCAAAAAAUCGAAGCAGUGUCUCCAAAACGCAUACCGAGGGCUAGACGGGCAUUGUUCUAUGGUAGUGAAGAACGUAAAAUCAAAAGCUCCCUAAAUGUUACCGCGGACAGUAUCGUAUAUGAUUUAGAAGAUGGUGUUGCAUUUAAUAGAAAAGGCAUUGCGAGAGAAAUGGUUGUCGAUGCUUUAGGGGAAUCUCAAGCUGACCGAAAAAAGAAAUACGAAACUCUAUUAAAU